ACCUUGUUAUCCGGGGUAUCCUCACGCGCUUUAUUCGAUUUAACCCGAGAAAACGAAAUCUACGAAAGCAAGGGAUUGGAAGCCUAUUGCCGGUACCAGCUCGACCACGAAAAUGACAUUCUCAAUCCUGGCACCGGUUUCGCCUUAAUCGAGUCAAUGUUGCGCAUUAACGACAUUGAUAAAGAUCAGCGCAGAAUCGAAGUAGUCAUCGUGUCACGAAAUUCCGCCGAUACCAGCUUACGCAUAUCCAAUUCGAUCAAUCACUAUGAACUCGAUAUUACCC